UACGUUCGUUCAGUAAAAAAAAGACAGUAAAGGGUAGACUUUUUACUCUUCGUUGAAAAUCAGUGAAAGUAUACCGAAUACUAGUGUAUGUUCAAGUACAGCUGUUUCAAGAUCAGUUGAAGUUCCUGUUUCCAGAAAGAUGAGAGGUUUUACCUGUAUCCUCUUCCUCUUUGUAUUUAUAUUACUUGGAAAUUCUGUUUAUGGAAGUGAUGAGAAGCGAUAUCGACUUCAAGAAUCGGGAGAGGGGCCUCGUACGAGUCGGGCUAAUCGACCCAUAAAUCAGGCUGUGAUGAAUGUCAAUCCUCAGAGAGGUUCUACCUAUCACCAUGGAGGUGUUGAAUUGCCACUCUUACAUUCCGACGCUAAACAUCCACCACGACUAGCCUCUUUGGAGGAGUUGCAGAAGCGGACUUACGCACAAAUAAAUCUUAGGCCUCCCUAUGCGAUAAAGAAUCCAAAUGCACCACCAGCUCUACUAAGCGAACAUUAUCCCACCAUUUCUCCAGGAAGUCUCAUUACUGUAAUGAUUGAAGGUAAACAGGAUGUUCAUGUUGGAGAACUUUAUGAAGAAUCUGAAUGGCCAGUUUGGGUGUUCACUAAUUCUCCGAGAGUACCUUUCAGGCCGGCUUUAGAUGAAGCGUAUAUAUUAGUUGUUGAUCCUUACGCGCCGACAAAGAAACUAGCCGCAAAACUUCAAUUUUACCGUCAGUGUGACAGUCCUAGGUCCCAGAUUUUUAUAACCAACGGUGCUCAUGUUUACCAUGCACCACUAACAUAUAAUCAACCAAAUAGGGACAAUCAUCCUAGUACAGUCCAUAUACUUUUUGAAAUGAAGCCCAAAACCUAUGUAGGCCUGCAUGGGGCUCUAAAAGUUUGGGGCGCCAGUAAUCCAGUUCCUGACUGGGUUCUACGAGAACGGACAUCCUGGUUAUAAGGAGCAAUCCCAUAGGAAAUGCCGAUAUUACCUAAAAGCUUUCAAAUUAAAAUUAUG